AUGAUGGAGUCUGAGCCUUUGCUCAAAGACAUCACAGAAAAGCAUGAGCAAAUUAAGGUUCCUAGCACAACACUGAUUUUGGCUGUCUGCGCUUCUUGCAUUGGAGGGACAUUUCAGUAUGGCUAUAACAUAUCCAUUGUAAAUGCACCCACUAAGCAUGUGAUGACAUUUAUCAACCAAACAUGGACGGAAAGAUACAACACUGAGAUAUCAGAACAGCUGCUCACCUUCCUGUGGUCCAUCAUAGUGUCUAUUUUCACUAUCGGUGGACUUGUCGGUUCACUUGUCGGUGGAACACUGGCGAUCAAGUAUGGAAGGAAAGGGACACUGAUGAUGAACAACAUCUUUGCUUUGCUUGCAGCUUUUUUCAUGGGAAUAAGCCAUCCCACAGGGUUGUAUGAAUUGCUUAUCAUUGGACGUUUUCUAACUGGCAUAAAUGCAGGCAUAGGUUCAUGUGUGCAGUCCCUCUACCUUGGUGAGAUUGCCCCUCGGGCACUGCGUGGCGCUAUGGCCAUGGGCACAUCCAUAUUCAUCACAGGGGGCAUUUUCACAGGACAGGUGGUUGGACUGCAUGAGUUGUUGGGUGGAGAGGGAUACUGGCCCAUCUUGUUAUCCACCACCUUCAUCCCAGCGGUAGUGCAGCUCCUCGUUUUGCCCUGGUUUCCAGAAAGCCCCCGCUACCUACUGAUUGACAAAGGGGACGAGCGUGCAUGUGACGAGGCACUGAAACAGCUUCAUGGUGCAGAUAAAUACCACGGGGAGAAGGCAGACAUAGAGAAGGAGAGACUUGAUGCUGUUGGAGUCAAACCUAAGAAACCCUGGGAACUGUUCACGGAUCAGAGUCUCCGCUGGCAGCUCUACACAAUCAUUGUCCUAAACGCUUUCCAACAGCUCAAUGGAAUCAAUGCAAUCUAUUUCUAUGCAGAUUAUGUGUUCUCCCAAUCAGGAAUUCCAGAAAACAAGAUCCCUUAUGUGACACUUGGCGCCGGAAUAUGUGAACUUGUUACGGCUCUUUCCUGUGGCCUGCUGAUCGAAUCUCUGGGAAGGAGAGCACUUAUCAUCGGGGGAUACUCACUGAUGGCCUUCUGGUGCUUCUGUCUCACUGUGGCUCUUACCUUCCAGGAGGCCAGCCCAUGGGUGCCGUAUCUCAGUAUGAUCUGUGUCUUCGCUUUCAUCCUCAGCUUUGGCUUGGGACCAGGUGGAGUCACCAACAUUUUAACCACUGAACUGUUUACCCAAACUGCACGUCCUGCCGCAUAUAUGAUUGGACUGUCUGUCAACUGGCUUAGCUUCUUCAUCAUUGGAAUGGCUUUCCCAUUUAUUGUGAAUGGGCUCAAGCAAUACUGCUUCCUGGUGUUCUUGGUCGUCUGUGUUAUGGUGGCUAUCUACAUAUUCCUUGUAGUUCCGGAAACCAAGAACAAAACUUUCCUGGAGAUUCAUGCUGCAUUCCAGCACAAGGAUAGGAAGAGGGUGAAUGGUUCAGAAGGGAUCGGAGCAACACUAUGGUCAACCUCUUUGUAAACAUGGGAAUUGCAGUACUCAUUACAACCUAUAUAAUCAAUGUGUUCAUUCAUGUAAAUACUCAGAUCAAUGUGUUUGAUCACAAGAGUAAAAUAACUAUUUACAAUUUACACUACAUUUUACAUAAACUUGAACUUUAAAUAAACUUCAGUGAAUCAAUGAACACAUCAUAUGUAGUAUUUUAUGCAGUAAAAGGCAUUCACUUUUUUGUUGUAUUUUUUGGGAGAGGGAGGGAAAAGGUGACAUUUAAUUUUUUUGAAGUGACGAAUAAAAUGAAAAGAGAGCGAGAGAGCGCUUCUGUCCAUCACGGCAGUCUCUUCAACACUAACAGAGGGCUGUGCCGUUUAAUUCCGCUUUUUUGCACUGGCACUGCCUAACACAUCCCUUACAUUUGCAGGAGAUACAGUAAGUUCAUAGCUG